CAGCGAUCAAAACGAACAGACUGAGACAUAUAAUAAUAUAGAAGAAUACACCGCACAGAAUCAAAUACAUAUGUGUGCAUUGUAGUGUGCGCUCAUAGUCAUCAUAUACCAACAAAAAUAUUAAUAAUAUUGUGCGCGUUUUAAAAAACUUAAAUUUAAGUGGUGUGCGGUGCGUCGACGGUUCAAGCCAUACAACAGUGUGUUUUAUUUUUUAUAAAUUUUAAGUUUUAUUAUAAAAUUCAGACAUAAAAUAAAAUCGGAAAAUGACGACCAGGGAACAUAGAGAAAUACAUACACAACGAGUUGUCCAACGAUCACUGUCACCACAACAUACAUCACAGUUGGAUAAUAAUUUAGAUAACCUUUUAGAAGAUCUCCAAAAUUCUGUUUCACGACCAAAUAGUUCAUUAGCUGUGAAUGGCUCCGGUAUACAUGGGGGUAAUUAUCGUGAAUAUUCUACGUCACAACGUACUGUAACAUCAGGCUCAACGUUAAAUAGACCUGGUGAAACAAGAAUUGAAUAUCGUUCAGCAGCAAAUCCAAUCACUGUGCCAUCAGAAUCAACGACAAUCGUUGAAAAAGAAAAAAGUAAAGAUGGAACGAAAGAGAAAACCGUUUACAAAACAAUUAAAUACGAAUAUGACGUCUCAGAUUCAAUAUCACCGGAAACAAGUUCACGAAUGCAAACAAAUAUAAAUCAAUUGGAUAAUUUAUUAGAUGAUUUACAACAAGCAAGAAAAGGGACGGUUAGCAUUAAUACUGGCAUCGAUCCAGGUUUACUCGAACCAGUCGAAACAUCACGAAAUGUAACGAAAAAAACAGUGCAAAGAGAAUUAGUUUAUGGAACCGAACAAGGAGGAAAAGUAAUUCGAUCACGUCAACAGUCCCCUACAUCUAUACGUAGAUCAGAUCGUGAAGGCUCCGUUACCAGAGAAACAGCUUACACGAUUGAUGAUGGAACAUACGGAGAUAUUCGUCACACUCGGCAACCAUCUCCACAACGCAUUGCAAGCAAUAGCAGUAACAGUACUAUCCAAAAAACUACCAACGUUAAAAAUUACAGUUACAAUACAAAUGUACCGGCUGGCAGAACGGAAAUUAUUGAUCCAGCUGUUUUGAAUGAUCUAGAUCCAAGUUUAUUACCAAAUCCAAAUACGAAAGUCACAACUACAAUUAAAACAUACACUUAUGAAAUACCCGGUACACCAGUAAAUAUACCAAAUUCAGGUUAUCCAAGUCGAGUACAAAGUCCUAGUGAGCAUUAUGUGUACAAUGUAUCACCUAGUCCAACAAUCAAUCGUAACGAAACCUAUGAAACAUAUAAUACGACUACAAGAAAUAUUAAUCAAAAUUAUCCAAAUGAACGUACAAUUCCACGUGUUAGUUCGCCACAGCCGGCAACUAACUACCAGACAACUGUUUAUAAAGAAGAAAAUCGAAAUUACUAUGGAACAACUCCUCCACCUCCAGUGACAAACUAUCAUACUACAGUUUAUAAAGAAGAUGUGCGUACUACAAAUAAAAGUGGUGAAUUUGUACCAAGCUCACCAAAAUCGAAUCGUCCAAGUAGUCCUUAUCGGAGUCCAAGUCCUGUAAAUAGAGAUUACCCACCAAAACAUAAUACAACAACUAUCCAUAAAACCGAUACAUAUAAUUCGACUUAUGGCUACAAUCCGAACGAUCCAAACGCAACGAAGCCCGUAGGUCCUCCAUACUCGCCAGGACAAAAUGUAAAUAUCACAUAUAAAUAUACCACAAAUCAAACUGUUGAUAAUAAAUAUAAAGGAUAUGGACCAUAUCCUGGUGGUAAUUCACCUCAUGACGAUCGGAAACCAUUAUUACAACCAGGUCGUUUUCCAACUGAUCAAAAUGAUCAUCCAAAUGGAGGUCCACCAAAGAAAUUGGAUGAUUUAAUGGCAUCAUUUGGCGGUUCAGAGACAACAAAUGUAUAUAAUUCAACCACAACAAAUUCUGUACAUCGAUACGAAGAUGAAUCCAAACAAAAAUUAUUGCCAGGUAAUGCAGCAUCACCUACACCCAUUGCCGAUGCACAAAGGAAAAAAGAUAUUAAAGAUUUACCAAAAACUAAAAAUGUCGCUGGGCCACCUGUUUAUUAUCCACCAGGCCAUGAAAUGUUCGCUAAGAAAGAAGAAUCUGCUGCUGCUUGGAGUGCACAGGGUGGAUAUGCAAGAGCAUCUGGAAAAUAUCAAUAUGAAGCCGAAAGUAAAAGCAAAAGUAAAAGCAGUUCAGGUGCAGCUGUGGUUCCCGUUUGUUUACCAUUAUGUUGUGCAAUGCCAUGUGUUAUUAUGUAAACAAUGAUACCAUUAUUAAUAGUUACGUUUUGUAAAUGUAUUUAUCAUAAUAUAGGCCUAUAUUUCCAUCAACUUAAACUUGUACAAUUACAUUUGCAAUAAUUAAUAUCUAUGGAUCGAUUUCAAACAAAUAUCUGACGCUUUAGGCUACGUAAAUAAAAAUAUUAAUAAGUGAAAUUAAUGUAAGUUUAGAUGGAAUGAAGGCCAACAAAUAAUUUGACAUUUAUGUUGUAUAAAAUAAUUGACGAAUAAU